CAAGUCAUUUUUGUACAAAAGUGCCGGUGUUUUGCAAAAAAAUAAUAAAAAUCACCUCUUCGAGCAAUGGCAAACGAAAAAAUAGAUUUAUAUGCGUUAUCUCAACAGGACUACUAUGUGCUAGAAGAAGCAGUUAAAGAGAAUCCCAAAAUUCUCACCCAUAAAGACAGUAACGAUCGUUUGCUUCAUCAUUGGGCUGCCUUGGGUGGACGUGAUCGUCUCUUGGAGCACUUGUACUCGUUGUCAAACGCACCGGACAUCGAUGUGGAAGACGACACAAAAGCAACUCCUCUGAUUUUAGCAACUCUUAAAGGUUCUCUGCCGUGCGUCAAGUUUCUCGUAUCAAAGGGAGCUAAUGUCAAUGCGAAAAACUGGCAAGGACACUCUCCCUUUCAAUAUGCGUGUUCAAAGGGGCACAAGGAUAUUGUGGAGUUUUUGUUGACAGCGGGAGCGGACCCAAAUGUGCGAGAUGACAGAAAUGACGUCCCGUUACACCGAUUGGCUUCACUUGGACGCACUGAAAUUAUGAAACUUCUGUUUGAUUGGAAGGGAAAGUUGGACGUUAAUGUUCAGAACAAAGAAGGAUCAACUCCGCUACACUUGGCUUGCGAAGACGAACAAAUUCAGUGUGCGAUGAUGCUGCUGGAGAAAGGUGCCAACGUUGAAAUCCAAAAUAAGGAGAAGAAGACACCUUUGGACUUGUGUAAACCAGGACUUCGGCGACAAAUCAAAACCAAACUCGGAAUUGCGGAUGAAUAAUUUUUAAUUUUUAUUGGAAAUAAAUUUGAAUAAAUAUUUGAAAUUAUGUUUUAUUCCGCAAAAAAACUC